AUGCCGGGUGCAGUAAGACCAGACGUCCAGCCUACUGUCGAACGUGACGACCUGGACGACAUCUUCAACUACGAUGCCGGCAUCGAUGCAACCUUCAAUCAGCCAGCCCAGAAUUGGAGUGCUCAAGACGACGCGAAUAACAACGAUACCAAUCGACGGCAACAUGAUGUGCCCGAGAACAUUGAUGAGGAAGUCAAGGUGACAAAGAAGCGCAAGCCCGUCGCCAAAUUAGAUGAAGAACGCCUUCUAUCGCAACAAGGCAUUCCCAAACUUCGCAAGAUCGCCAAGGAUCGUCUCAUCAUCAAGGGCAAAGGCCAUGAGUUCUCGGACAUGGCACGCCUUCUCAACACAUAUCAACUAUGGCUCGAUGAUCUCUUCCCCAAAGCAAAGUUCAUGGACGGCGUGUCCAUGAUUGAAAAACUCGGUCACAAGAAACGCAUGCAGAUGAUGCGAAGAGAAUGGAUCCAAGAAGGCAAACCAAAGCCACCGCGCGAUGAUGACGAAGACGGUUUUGUCAUUCCAACCGAAAACGCUGUACCAGAAGACACUGGUGCUAGCAACACUGAAGAACAGCCCAGCAACGUUGAACCAAGGGUGGAAACACAACAAAGCGAAGGAGCACAAGCGAGAAACAACCACAACCCAUUUGGCGAGGAAGAGCCUGACGAGGAUGAGCUGGAUGAACUGUUGGCCGAGAGCGAAGUUGCCUCUGCACCUGCACCAGCCGCUUCUAAACAACCUGCAGAAGAUCAAGAGCCAGAUGAGGACGAGUUGAAUGCUCUCAUGGCCGAGGACGCAAUGGACGACAGUGCACCAAAGAGUUUGUUCGGUGGCCCAGUCUCAUCAGCCACAGCUACCAAGGCUGCUCCAAUAGCCCAUGACGAAUUUGACGAUGAUGAAGAGGCAAUGGCUGGUAUGGAUUGGUAG